AAACGAACUGCUCUACUUGGGCCUUAUCCAAUUACCACGCGCGGUUUGACACGUUCCAUUUUCUCUCUCUGUCUCUAACCUUAUUACCAAUUCGCGGCGAAUCGCCGCCGACUGUACCAAAAAUUUCCAUGGCUGUUCCCCAAUCUCACUCUCUUCUUCUUCUUAUCUGUUUCUUUUCCUUCUUUCAUGGCCGAACUUUCUCUCUCGUCAUUCCAGUUACUAAAGAUUCCGUAACGAAUCAGUAUUUGGCCUCCGUCUACCAUGGCUCUCCGAUUAAGCCGAUCCGUCUCGCCGUCGAUCUUGGCGGUCCUUCUCUCUGGAUGGCCUGUGGAAGUUCUACCUCCAGUCGCACGAUUCAGAGCCGGUCGAUUCAGUGCGUUGCGGCGACAGGCGGUGGUAGUAGAUCUGGGUCUGGAGGCGGCGCGUGUGAGGUAGUUGCGGGGAAUUCGUUUGGGGCUUUGGUAGGGAAGGCGUUGCUGGUUGAGGAUACGGUGGCGGUGAGGGCUUUGGAACGGUCGACGGCGGCGGUGAUUGUCGCUGUUCAUUCUUGUGCUCCGAGGUUUCUUUUGCAAGGUUUGGCGAAAUCUGCUAAAGGUAUUUUGGGGCUUGGCCGGAAUCAGAUCUCGCUUCCUGCUCAGAUUGCAACGGAGCUCGGUUUUCACCGGCGAUUUUCCGUUUGUCUUUCGUCGACGAACGGCGUCGUUUUUCCCGAUAGUGGAAGUCAAGACUCUGUUUAUGGAUCAGAGAUUUCGAAUUCUUUGACUUAUACGCCGAUUUUGACUAAGAUAAUCGACGGCUCUCAGUCAGCGGAGUAUUUCAUUAAUGUGAAGGCCAUCAAAGUCGACGGAAACCGCCUCGAUCUGAACAAAUCGCAACUCGAUUUGGACGGCGAGGACGGCGGAGGGACGAGAUUGAGCACGGUGGUUCCAUACACCGCACUGGAGAGCUCGAUUUUCAAAUCUCUGACGGCGGCAUUCAGAGAGGCGGCCAGAGCAAUGAACAUGAAAGAAGUGGCUCCGGUGGCAUCGUUUGAGGCGUGUUUUGCAUCGGAAAACAUGGAGAUGACGGCGGCAGGGCCGAAAGUUCCGAUGAUUGAACUGAUUCUGCAGAGCGAGUUGGUUAGAUGGAAAAUCGAUGGGAGAAAUUCGAUGGUGAAAGUUAACGAUGAAACGUUCUGUUUAGCGAUCGUCGACGGCGGAUUGAAGCCGAAAAACGCCGUCGUAUUGGGAGGCUAUCAAAUGGAGGAUAUCGUGCUUGAUUUCGACAUGGGUUCUUCUAUGCUUGGAUUUAGUUCCUCUUUGCUGCAGAGGAAGAGAUCUUGCUCGGAAUUCUCGCCGGAAAAUUUACUGAAAUCAACAGAAUAAUUUUGAGGGGGAAAUUAGGAUUUUGUUGUGCUUUGUUGAUGAUACUUUUUUUUUCUUUCAAAAAUUUUGAGAUAAUGUUUUUUGGGUUAUGACUUGUGACAA